AACCUUUCGUUCGAAUUUCGCGUGACAAUCCCAGAGUGACUCCGGGAAGUGGCGUUGCUUUUUUUCUUAAGUCGAUUUUACCCAAAAAUUCGGUAAAUAUUGGCAAAAUUUGUACGUGUUUUCCAUUCUCUGGGGCUUUCUUUCGCGACCUGCAGCGGUGUUUUGUGCAAAAGUGCUGGGAAUUGGGGUGAAAAAGUACGUGGAACCCGGCGUCGAGAAAAUGGCGGAUGCUUCGAUAGAUUUAUACGCUGAUGAUUUAGAUCAGGAUUACAAUCAGAAGGAUGAAUUUGGUGGGGAAGGGGUGGAUUUGUACGAUGAUGUACUGGCCAGCCAGCCGGGAGGGACUCCGCGUUCGGAUACCGGAGCCCCCGGUGGAGAUCGCUCAUUAGAUAGAUCCGAGAGCUCCGAGACAAACGGAGGUUACCACCAUAUUGGCAACAACUUGGCCCCCACUCACAUGGGGAGACGCUAUCAGCUCUACGUUGGGAAUCUCAACUGGUGGACAACGGACCAAGAUAUGGCGGAUGUGAUUGAAGAUAUUGGCGUAAAGGACUUCCAAGAGGUGAAGUUCUUCGAGAAUCGCGCCAAUGGGCAAUCCAAGGGCUUCUGCGUGAUCACUCUCGGCUCCGAAUCGAGCGUACGCCUCACGAUGGAUCGUCUGCCGAAGAAAACGAUGCACGGGCAGGUACCAAUGGUUACUCCGGCCACGAAGCAGGCGCUCAAUCAGUUUGAGAGUCAGCAGAAGACGCGUCCCAAUCCACCGCCGACGAAUGGUCCACGUGGGCCCGUACCAAUGGGAGGCCCACCACCGCAUUCAGGCGGCCCACCGCCUGGCCAUCAGCCGCGCAUGAUGAAUCCCAAUGGACCGCCCCAUAUUCGUGGGCCACCGCAUAUGCAGGGACCGAGAAUGUCCGGUGGACCACCCGGACAGCCCGGAGGACCCGGCGGACCCCGAAUGGAGAUGUCGAUGCACCAGGGAGGGCAGCAUAUGAAUCAGGGGCCGCCGCAGGGACCUCAGGGACCACCGAGGUUCCAAAAUCAAGGUCAAUGGAAUGGACCGCCGCGACCGUCUGGGCCCCCACGUCAGGGAGGCCCCAUGCCAGGAGGCCCAUCUGGACCGCCUCAGCAUCGACCAAUGGUCUCUAAUCCGCAGUUCCAGGGCGGACCAGGAGGGCCACCACGUGGGGUGCGUCCAGAGUGGAAUAGGCCACCAAUGCACGGUGGCUUCCCGGGUCAGGGACCACCACAGGGGCACCCCCAGGGCCCACCACAUAUGCAAGGUCCCCCUCGUGGACCGCCGCAGCAGCAAAUGGUCGGUCCACCACAUCCACCGCAUCCCCAGCCGGCGCCACACGUGAAUCCGGCCUUCUUCAAUCAGACCGGUGGUCCGGGAGCACCACAACAUGCCCCUAUUGGACCCCCACACGGUGGACCGCAGCAGAAUAUGCAAUCCCAUCCGCCGCCGCAUUUCAAUCAAGGCGCCCCACGUGGCCCAUGGCCGGGACCAACAGGCAAGCCCGUGGGACCUCCAUUCCCAGAGCAGGGUAUACCAACGCCGCAAGUCAGUGAGGUGGAAUUUGAGGAGAUUAUGGCGCGAAAUCGUACCGUCAGCAGUUCAGCCAUUGCCAGGGCCGUUUCCGAUGCAGCAGCCGGAGAGUAUUCAUCAGCCAUUGAGACACUUGUGACGGCAAUUUCACUGAUAAAACAGUCAAAGGUGGCACAAGAUGAGCGCUGCAAGAUCCUCAUUAGCUCCUUACAGGAUACAUUACAUGGCAUUGAGACAAAGAGCUACAGUCGUCGCGAGAGAUCACGCUCACGUGAACGCUCCCACAGGCGUGCAAGACGUGAGAGAUCCACAUCAAGAUACCGUGAGAGAUCACGCGAACGCGAUCGUGAUCGUGAUCGUGAAAGGGACAGAGAUCGUGAAGGGAGGUACCACAGCGAGAGUAGCAGCUACAGAGAGAGUACUCGCGAAGGGCGUGACAGAUCAAGAAGUCGCGAUCGUGGGGGUGGCAGUGUGGGUGAUGCAAGUGGAAUAACUGAACACUACAGAGAUGAAAGUCGUUCCCGACCGCGAAAAUCCUCAGAAUUGGGUGGUGGGGACAUGAAGUACUAUGCCGAUCCAGCACGCGAUAGAGAACGCAUCCGACGGGAUGACGAUGGCAGACGGCAGGAUCGUGAUGAGCAUCGUUCGCGUCAUUAAAACACAAGAAGAAUCACCAGAACUUUGGCUCCUCCAAAAAAAUUCCCUCUUCCUCAUCAUUGAACUCUUCAACACACACACACACAACAAAAUCUUCUCUUCAACUUUAACAUAAAUUAAAAGGAGGAUUAAUAGUUAAUCGCUGUAUUAAAAAAAAAAGAAAAUAAUUCCCGUGCGACUGCUGUAAGGAACUAAAUGUGGCUGAUUUUUUGUUGUUGAGAUUACAAAUGCAUUUCAUUUACUGUGAGUGCGUGAAAGAAGUGCAAGAGUGGACCUUUCAGUGCGGAGUUUACAAAGAAAAAUCCUUUUUUUUUUGUCCGGAAUUGUGUUUGACUUAAGAGUUUCUGUGCAGUUCGUACGGCUGUAGGUGUUGAAACAAAUAAAAUUUAAAAAAAAUAAUAUUAAUAUUAAAAAGAAAAUUAAUAAAAAAAAUCAAGUGUCGCGUAAAAGAAGUUUCCUUCGGCGAAAGAAAAAGGAAGGAAGACACCGCUGGACGCCGUGGGAGGUAGCAGAAGAAGAAUGUAAUGUUUGGUGAAAAAAAAAAAAGAAGAUGAAAAGAAGAAUUCAAUUAAUAUUUAGAGAAGUAAAAAUGUAUGUGAAAAAACCUGCAAAAAUUGUAUUUUUGUAUUUAUUUCCUAUUUAUUUUUUAUUUAUUUCCUACUCAUGUA